AUGGGCCUAUUUGAAAGAAAGAUUUUUAUUAUCCUUCCUAAUAGCAGAUCAUACACUCUCAGGUUUAUUUCUCAGUUGAUUGAGGAUAAUGGUGGCUUACAAGCUGACGAUACCGAGUCCAUAAAGCAGCAACUAAUCAUUUUGAUAAAUGACACGUUUGUCGAUUCCAGUCAAAAAAUAGCAGAUACUGAGCUCUUCAGAAGAGAGCUAGAACUUGAUGCGACCAAGCUAUGGAAAAUCAUAGUGCAAAAGAAACCUUUAUGCGUGAGGGCAAGUUGCAUCAGUGAAUGGCUAAAGUUGGGGGAGAUUAGUCUCACAGCGGAUCGCCUUAUUGAUCUGGAAGAGGUAGAUUUAUUAGGCGACUCUCAGGUGAGUGUUGAAGGGGUAAAUUCAAUUAAUGAAGUUCCUAGUGAGGAAGUCCAGUACAAAAGUCAAUCAGAGACUGCCGCUGGCUCUCAUGCUUCCGCAGACAAGCAUAUGGAUACCGGGGAGAAUCUGCCGUCUGAGAAGUUAUCCAGUCCGUCUGAAGUCCCAACAGAGAGGUUAACAAGGCUAAUAGAUGAGGACAAGACAUCAAAAAAUGAGUUACUUAUCAAGGCCUUGGGUAGACUCGCGAAGAGGUAUGAUGUUAAGGGCGAUAGAUAUCGUUCGCGGGGUUAUAAAUUAGCCAAGAUUGGCGUUGAGAGAUAUCCCUUUGAGAUUUUAUCUGGUGAACAAGCAAGACGAGAAAUUGCCAGUGUUGGUUCAAGUAUUGCCAGAAAGAUACAGAUAAUCCUUGAUACUGGUGGGCUUCCGGGACUUGAUGAGGCGUUUGAUUUAGAGAAAAAGUUAAACUACUAUACUCAGUGCCAUGAUGUUGGAGUUUACAGUGCUAAAAGGUGGAAUUUAUUGGGUUUAACAACGUUCUCCGAGGUUUCCAAGAAAUUUCCCGAAAUAUUCUUGAGAGAUUGGACGGUUUUAUUUGGAUGGUCAUAUUAUGAAGACUGGCUGAAGAGAAUUUCUAGAGCCGAAUGCGAGGAAGUUCUCAAAGUAGUGAAAGAUAAUUUGAAACAAAUUGACCCUGAAUUCAAGGUCGAGCUGCAAGGCAGCUACGUUAGAGGAGCUCUUGAGUGUGGCGAUAUUGAUUUACUUUUCUUCAAAAAGGGUCUGGAUGAUACCGGUGAGAUUGGGCGUGUCAUGGAAAGAUUAGCGCUCAAUCUCUACGACAAGGGUUACGUGAACUGCUUUUUGCAGCUGACAACCAAGAUAAGACAGGUUUUCAAGCACAAAAUUACAGAACGAAUAUCAAAAUGUGAUCUUAGGAUUCCAUCAGAUGACGAUUAUCCACCAGCUGCUGAAGUGCUGAAGAAAUUCUAUCUGGGCUUCAAAUUGCGUUCCGAGUUCGAUCCAAAAUAUCUCCAAGUAAAAAACAAAGAAUACACUCGAUUAGAGCCUACUGAUCAGUUCAUGUCUCUAAAUUCAACUGAUCACCCAUGCCGGCGAGUUGAUUUUUUCUGCUGCAGAUGGUCAGAGUUGGGAGCGGCAAGGUUACAGUGGACUGGUCCCAAAGAGUUUAACAGAUGGAUCAGGAUACAGGCCGCGCAGAAAGGAAUGAAAUUAACCCAACAUGGUCUGUACAGAGGGGAGACCACAUUGCUCGAGAGCUUCGAUGAGGAAAGAAUCUUCGAACUUCUAGGUGAGGAAUAUGUAGGGCCCGAGGAAAGAAAUAGUAUAAUUAAAAAGAGACAAAAGACUUAA